GUUAGUGCGACACAAAAAAAUUGUGAAAAAAUGCCUGGAAAAUUAUAGUAUUUUCUAGAGCCACAAAAGGCCGACCCGCGUUACUUACUCGCUUCGCCAAUUUUUUUUAAUUGUAAAAUACGCGCACGCUAGUAGAGCCAAUCAAGUGGGCCUUGGCAAACUGUCAUGACAUUUGAAAGCACUUGUCAAUAUAUUCCGAAGGCACUUGGACAACAUAUUCCUUUUAACGAUGGCGAAGAAAACCAAUUACAAGAUGCCCGAGCGCAAUUUGGAUCUACCUGCUGAUCUUGCGUUCGUUAACAAGCUGCUCAAGGACCUUGGAUUGGAGGCGGAACCAUCGGCACGUGGAGUCAUCCUGGACCUGGCUUAUACUUUGGCUAGGGACAAACUGGUGGAGGCCCAACGCUUUGCCACGAUGGCCAACCGUUCCAACGUGGGUGUCGAAGACCUGAAGAUGGCGGAGCCGGAGCGGAACGUCCCGCUGGAAAGGAACCCGAAGGCGAGUACCGAGAAUCUGGAAAAGAAAAUGGCGCAGCCGGAUCAGAUGGGCAAGAAGGCCGAUCUGAUGACCAAGGGCGCUGAGCAGGCCAAACCGAAGCCGAAUAUCCGAGCAACGCCAUCAAAACCGGUGGUGCCUCCUUUUACUCCAACUACUUCCGGAGCUGGUCCUCCAAAACAACGCACUCCCUCGUGCGCUAAAAAGCCAAAAAUUUAAUAAAUAUCUCUAGCUAUUUAUUAGCUAA